UCUUACAGAAACAAUGACAACUAUUUUCACUACAAACUUGGGCGUUUUUCUCACCGAUGGCGUCACUAGUACUAAACCAGUAUUUCUCGAUUUCAGUCAAUUUACAAUGGAAUCUAACAAUGGUUCACAUAUUAUUGAAUGGGCGAACCCGUCACACUUGUCCGAGAUAUUAUCAUUUCUAUAUGAUAAUUUUGAUAGGGAGGAGACUAUGUUGAAAAGUCUACGAAAUAACAAUGAAUUAACGAGCGAAGAGGAAGAAUCGAUGAGAAUCGAUCACGAGCGACUGAUAAGAGCAAUAUCUGUCUUCUCGCCUUGCUUGGUAGCUUUGGACAAACUGACUAAAAAAAUAAUUGGUGUUAAUCUGAUGAUAGUUAGCAACAACUCGAAAUUCGACAGCACCGAUGGAGUUUCUGCCGCAUUUACUAACAAUCCACCGACAACCAGGUUAAUGAAACAGUAUUUCGACUAUUUGUCAGAGAUUAGCGAGAAGGCAGAUUUAUACGGGAAAUUUCCUGAUUCUAAAGCUGCCGUAGAAUUUUAUGCUGUCGCUGUAGACAAGAAUUACAGAAGAAAGGGCCUCUCAAGGGCCCUGAUGGCCGCAGGAAUCUCCUUUGCAAAAGACACUGUUCAAGAUGUUGGAUUCGUGUUUGGAGUGUAUACGUCGCUGUACUCUAAAAGGUCGGCAGAGAAACUAGGAAUGAGGAGUGUCAUGGAUGUCGACCUUUUAACGUACAAGAACGCCGAAGGACGAGCUAUUUUCCAGGACACUCCACCGCACAAUGUCAUCUCCGUCAUGGUGCUAAAAAUUUAGGAAUUUCUUUCGCUAUUCUCAAAUCUAACAAUUAUACGAAUGAUAAAGAUCGGAUAAAUACGAUCAAGUUCUGUCAACGUGAGUCACUUCCGUCAUACAUACUUACAUACGUAUAUGUAUACAGUGAGUCCCAAAAGUAUUAACUGUUGCAAACAUGUAAGAAAAUAAUCUAUUGUAGAGAACGCGAUAUGUGUAUCGCUAUACGAAGAUAAUUCUUAAUAAAACAAUGCAUGUAAAAGAUAUUUAUAUAAUAUUUCAUGGUAUCCUAUUUAAACACGAUGUGUUGAAAGUAUUUGUAGCGCAAGUUGAUCGUAUACGUAUGUUACACAACUGGAGUGUGCAAAAUGUUCAUCUAGAUGAAGUUUUCGAUUAAUGAAUAAAAAAUAAACUUGAAUAUAUUCUGUUAUCUUGAACUUUAACGUAAACGUGUUAUAUAUAU